AGAAAAACAGCAACUCUUGUCUGAAAAACUAGAGAGAGAGAAAAAGAAUGGAUCAAACGGUGCUAAUCUCUCAAGUGUACCCAUACAUGGCCGAAACCCAUAGCCAGUGCAUCAUCGUUAACCAGAUCGAUGGAUCGUCAUCACCAGGCGACGGAUCAAAGCCAGUGAAGCGGCGGAGGAAGAGGAGGAGCAAAGGGUCGUCAGCCACAAACGAAGAUGACGUGGGGGCGAUGGGAGGAAUGUUUAGGAAGAGGAAGUUGACCGAUGAGCAAGUGAUUAUGCUAGAAUACUUGUUCGAGAAUGAGCACAAGCUCGAGUCAGGGAGGAAAGAGAAGAUCGCCGGAGAGUUAGGUCUUGACCCGAGACAGGUGGCUGUAUGGUUCCAGAACCGCCGUGCAAGGUGGAAGAACAAGAAACUCGAGGAAGAGUACGCUAAACUCAAGAGCCAACACGAGUCAGUCAUCCUCGGCCAAUGUCAGCUCGAGUCUCAGGUGCUGAAACUGACAGAACAACUGACUGAGGCUCAGAAUGAGAUUCGAAAACUUUCAGAACGACUUGUUGUUCAAGAAACAUCAACAAACAGUUCAACUUCAUCGCUUUCUGUUGAAGUCAAUGAUGCACCAACUGAUUUCGAAUUUGCACCAACGGAUACCAGUUACGACAUUCCAUUAUACAUGUUGGAUAAUAACUAUAUACAAAACAUGGAGUACUGGAAUGGUUUGUAUGUGUAAUUUUAACAGCUAAAUAUUUGCAGUCUAUGGAUGAAAACAUGAUCUAGUGUUAAUGUAGAAAUAGAUGUUGGCCAAACUGUUGUAAUUGUAAU